CUCUCAAACCUCACGUCACUUUUCACCUAAACCCAAGUACUAACUACUAUCAAACCUUAUAUAAACUCUCCCUUCAGUCUUCGCUUUCAUUUCUCAAUUCUCAUUCCAUAUACGUUUACAAAAAAAUAAAGGGAGAGAGAAAGAAAAUGUCAAAUUCUAAACACAUUCCCCGCUUUUUCUUUCUUCUUCUUCUUCUUAUUCUGCUUUUGAACUCAGGGCAGACGGUAGGCCAUACGAAAGGAAUUAGGCCAAAAAAGUCUGCAACUAAUAUACCAACUGUAAAUCAAACUAGAGUACAAUUCUCAGAGCAGCAAUUCAUGAAGUGGGUCAAUUUUGUUGGUAAACUAAAGCAUUCACUUUUUAAAACUGCAAAGAAUAAGCUUUUCCCUUCUUAUACUCUGACUGUAGACAAGAAUCCAGCAGCUGGUGAUUUUACUUCUAUCCAGGACGCCAUUGAUUCUCUUCCUUUCAUUAAUCUUGUUAGAGUUGUCAUCAAAGUCCAUGCAGGAGUUUACAAAGAGAAAGUGAAUAUACCUCCAUUAAAAUCCUUCAUAACCAUAGAAGGAGCAGGAGCAGAUAAAACCAUAGUUGAAUGGGGAGACACAGCUCAAACACCUGGAGCUAAAGGCCAACCUAUGGGAACUUACAGUUCUGCAACAUUUGCCGUAAAUUCACCUUAUUUUAUUGCCAAGAAUAUUACAUUCAAGAACACAACCCCAGUGCCUCCACCAGGAGCUAUAGGAAAACAAGCAGUGGCAUUCAGAAUAUCAGCAGAUACUGCAGCUUUUUUGGGGUGUAGAUUUUUGGGAGCUCAGGACACACUCUAUGAUCAUUUGGGAAGACAUUAUUACAAGGAUUGUUACAUUGAAGGCUCUGUUGAUUUCAUUUUUGGGAAUGGCUUGUCCUUAUUCGAGGGAUGUCACGUGCAUGCAAUAGCACAAUAUACAGGAGCUCUAACAGCGCAAGGGAGAAGCAGUCUGCUGGAAGACACAGGGUUUUCGUUUGUGAACUGUAAAGUCACGGGUUCAGGAGCUCUGUACCUCGGAAGGGCAUGGGGUCCUUUUUCUAGGGUGGUCUUUGCCUAUACUUAUAUGGACAACAUUAUCAUCCCUAAAGGCUGGUAUAAUUGGGGCGAUCCUACUCGUGAAAUGACGGUGUUCUAUGGGCAAUACAAGUGCACAGGGCCAGGAGCUAGAUUUGCAGGGAGAGUGUCAUGGUCAAGAGAACUUACUGAUGAGGAAGCUAAGCCUUUUAUUUCUCUUAGCUACAUUGAUGGAUCUGAAUGGAUCAAAAUAUAAACUCCUAGUCCUAAAUGUCCUUGUCAUGUUAAUUACAUCUCAUCUCAUCUGUAAAAAAGUAAAACUAAAAACCAUCUUAGUGUGAGAAUUUUGGCCUAUAAUUUUUAUACUUUUUUUUUUUUUUUUAUUUGAUUUGAUAAAUUGAGUUUGACAAUGGGCCUAUGAUUCACUUAGUGACUUAGGCUUGGGCCUUUGUACUAA